AUGGACAAGUGCAAAUCUCUCCCAACAUCUGAUGCAGAGGCCUCAUCUUCUACUCGACAGGGUGAGGUCCUUGACUGCAUAGGAGAGUCGAGAUUUCCCUGCAAGAACUUCAUUUCCUUACUUGGCCAAGACUUGCUUCCAGUCAACACUUUCACACAGACCUUCCUACAGAGCAUCCUGCUGAGUGUGGACAGUACUGAUCCAGUGGUUGCCAAUGCUUGGAUGGAAACACUUUUAGAUGUGAUAGAUUUGCUACCCAAGGAAGUGAUAAAAGGAGAGAUUCUAUCUCUGGCUGUGAACAAAGGUCAGAUGUCCCAGCCUGUGCCUUCUCGUCUUCUCUGCUGCAAGUUGUUGGGCAAGAUGUGUGAGAAGUUUGAUGCUUAUGUGAUCAAGAAAGAAGUGCUUCCUGUUGUCUUGUCCCUCUGCCAAGAUGUAGAUUUCGAGGUCCGAGGCUCAAUGUGCGAGCGACUCGAUAUCAUUGCUCAAGGCUUGGGAUUAGAAACCACAAAAAAUUCUAUUCUCCCUGAACUUGUAGAGCUGGCAAAUGACGAGGAGAACUUUGUGCGUCUCACAGCUAUCGAGACUGUGGUGCGGAUGGUGCCCUUCUUGGAUGAUGACACCUGCACACAAAUCAUUAUUCCACUGAUGAAAAAAUUUUGUGAGAAUGCCUUGCAGUUAAAAGAUUCCACUCUCCCAGUCAUCACAAAGCAGUCUGGUCAACUUUGUCAUGGAUUAUGGGCCAACUUCAGCCAAGAACAGAAAGAUUGGUUCCUGGGGUUCUUCCGAGGGUCUGCAAAAUUGGGCCUUUCUAGUCAAGAAGCAAAUACAGAUUUCACUCCAAUGCCUGAUCUGUUACCUGAAGUUGACCACAAAGAUCGUUAUCGAGAGUGCAGGUCUGCUUGUGCUUACAAUUUUCCGGCAAUGGUCCUCUUUGUGGGAGCGGAGAGCUUUGAGAAGGAACUGUACCCGUGUUUUAAAGAGCUGUGUGCAGAUCCCUUUCCCAAUGUCAGGCGCACCAUGGCAUGCAGUUUUUAUGAAAUCUGCAGAUUACUUGGUCCCAGUUCCUCACUCCUGCAUUCAGAGCUGGUCCUCUUGCUACGAGACGAUUCCAUUGAGGUGUUGAAAGGACUGGUUCCAAGGCUCAUGGAGAUUCUAAAAGCUGUCUGUGUCGACUCCGAUUUCAAGGAUCUCCGUGAGAAAGAGCUGGUAAAAGCCCUUUUGGCCUGUGAGGAGAGGACCUCAGUGACGACCAGCUGGCGCCUUCAUGCAGACUUCCUAUCUCGUCUCUCUUGCCUGCCCUCUUCUCUAUCCUCGGAAGUUGUCUUCACCACAUUUGUACCGCUGCUUUUGCUUAAGAUGCACACUGCGCGUCCUGUGCCUUGCAGAACGGCAGCUGUUUACAGCCUGUUAGUCAUUCUGAGACACACUCCCAGCCUGGAGAGGAGGAAAGGUAUCAUCAACGAACUUAUCGGAGAGCUCUGUUAUGCAAAGAGUUGUCACAAGAGGAUGUUGUUCAUCCGAGUCUGUGAACUGGUGAUGGAACUGUUCUCCAAGAUCUUCUUUAAGAUCCAUUUCUUCCUACCACUGCUCGAUCUUUCUGCCGACCCUGUUCCAAAUAUCCGCCUGCGACUCUGCUCCGUUUUGCCCUCCCUCAAAGGGUUGCUGCAACUACCAAAAGACGGCAGCCUGCUGCAACAAUUGGAAUCUUGUAUCAAGAAACUUAUGACUGGGGAAAAAGAUCUGGAUGUUAUCUUUGCAGUUCGUGAGGCUAUUGAAAAAUUGGAUAAAAUAGAAGUGGCAACUGAUGUGAUCUCCAAGAGAUCCUCGUGUUUUGAAAUAGCACUUGACAGGAAAGACCGCCUCAAAGAAGAUGAAGAACGGCGACAAUUAGAGAAGGAAUUCAGUUCCAAACUCCAGAAGACUAAUGGUGUAUCAAAGCCCUCUACAGGCACCAGUGGCAAAGGAGGAAAAAUACCUAUAUUAAAAAGUGUCAAAAAAGAAAGGAGAACAUCCUCACUUGAAAUGGACCGUGAAUUUUCAAAGGAUGAUGUCUCAGUUCGGAGCUCCUCUGCCUCUAAAAUUCAACCUCCGAAGGGGGGUAUUCCAGUUUCUAGCCGAGAGAGUACAUCAUCUUCCACGCACACCUGGCCUCGUCAGAAACGUUCUACUGUAUUCCAUGAGGGACUUUCGGGCCAUCUUAGAUCUGCAACAAUGAUGCUUCCUACCUGCGAAAGCACAAAAAGCUCUAGGGAAUCCAGAAGAGAGGACUCAUCCUCUGUAGACAGGAAGCCCUCCAACACAAUCAGGAGGAAGCUCUGUGUGACUCCUCUUCCUUCACCAGAAAUUGUGAGGAAAUCUGUUGCUGCCUCUUUUGUACACAUGGAAAGCAAGAUUCCUACCCACUUUAAGAGAAAGUCUACAAAAGAGAAAACAGAUUCCUAGCCUUCUGUCAUCUUUGCCUUUAUUCAUUUCGCAUACAUCUCUCACCAUAUGUGCCAAAAUUAUAUUGACUCUGGCAUAUAUAUAUUUUUUUCAACAUUAUUUAUAUCAACAUACUUUGCAUUUAUUCAUUGACUUUAGUGCAAGAAAUUGUACUCCAUCAAUGUACCAAAAAUAUUGACUCAUAUGUUGAUGAUGCACAAAAAUAAGCCAACAUUAUUGAAAAAUAAACUGAGAUAGCAUUAUGUUAUUGUAUGUAAAAGACAAGGAUGAUUAAUUUGAGUUUUAGGGCAAGUAGUAAAAGUUGGAAAAGGCAAAAAGGGUUGGGGGUUGAGGAGGAAGGAUAAAUACUUUAUUUACCCAAUAAUGUGAAAACAGGCCUUCAGCGCAAUUGUGUUAGCUGCACAAAUGUGAGUUUAUGGUUUUGAUAACAAUCACACGCACCGUUUAGUUAAAUGUAGUAAGGGUUUAAGAACUGUGAUCUAGUAAAUAUAAAGUAAGAGUGCCUUAGACUGCUUAGCAUUGAAUGUGAUUGCAUAUAGAGACUAUUAAUACUAUUAAUUCAUUUAUGAAAACUAUGACCAAAUCCGUAGCUGUAUUGAAGUCCUCAUAUAUGAAAGUAGGUCAUUGGUCUUGUGGAAUAUAACAGGGAGUACUUUUUUAAAGUCAUUAGCUUUUAUUUUGUUUAUUUAAUUUGAAAAAGUAUUUUGUAUUGUAUUUUCUCUUAUGAAAAAAAUACAUUGUAUUUUGACAAAACAAUAUCCUAGACACUAUUAUGUGCAAUAAAGUUCAGUAAUGAAAAGCUUGCAUGUUUACAGAGAACAUGCAUUAAAAAAAUGCCUUUGCAUUAUUCAAAAGAAAAAAAUCUAGACUGGUCAUGAGGCAAACAAAAACAUCAGAUGCCGAAAGUCUAAUGUUUUCGAUCACAUUCUCUUAUAAGUUGAAUUAUUAUUCAACCGUGAGGAAGAAUAGAAUCGACGAAAUCGCUGAAUUGUGGAUGGUUAAAGAAUAUAAAUAAAGCUACAAAAGAAUUUUAGUUUUAUUUAUUUAUUUUGAAAAUGCAUCUUUCCAACUUCGGUGCAAUUUUUAGAGCAGAAUCUUUUUUAAAUGGCAAGAUCUUGGAAAAUCUUCUCUUUCACAAAAGAACUUUUGCACAAUUUUUAAAAAGAAAAACAUGCUGAGAGAGGGUAAGUUAGAGUUGAGUACUUAGUGCUAUCUGUACAUUUUCUGACAGAGAAAGGCAGUGUUGCCAGAUUGGGGGAAAUUUCCCCAUUUUGGGGAAAUCUGGUGCUCUCUGGGGAAAUUUUGGGGAAAUGGGUUUUGAGGGGAAUUCUUUGGGGAAAUUUUUUUUUCUUAGGAAAAACCUGGGGAAAAGAAAUUGUGAUUAAAUUUGCAUCUUGACAUCUGGUAGUUACAUUCAAACAGCGUUGGUUUAGCUUUGCUCAACUUUAUGGAAUUCGCAUUUCGUAUUAGGUGGAAUAUUAUGCUAUGGAAUUUGCAUUAAUAGUUUUGCGUGAGUUACUAGUUGAUACGUGAAACAGGCAAAAAUAAGUGUAUGAAGAAUGUUCUUGGAUUAUAUACAAAAAUCAUAGUUUAAAUGCACAUACAGAAGCAGAGUAGUAAAUGCGAGUAGAAAAAAAAUAUUUGGCUAUUUCCUAUCUCUCGGUCAGGCGCUUGUAUUUAUGAUUAGUGGCACCUGCACGGCUUUGCCCGUAGUAGAAAAUUAAAAGGUAUUUUGGAAACCCUGUUUAUUUACAAAUAAUGCAUGAUGAAUUUCUCGCCAAUUGGCUUGCCCACGUUACGGUUCCACGUUAUGAUAAUUUGGUAGUUAGUUGUCCAUCUUAUGAUAAUUUUGCUCGGGAAAAUGUUCUUAAAAUUGGAAUAGAAAAAGAACAAAAUCGAAUUUUUGAAAAAUCGCUUAAAGGUGCACAUCCCCAUGCUACAAACUGAUUCUUUGCCAAAUUUCAUGAAAAUCAGUCGAACUGUCUAGGUGCUAUGCACGUCACAGAGAUCCUGGCAGAGAGAGAGAGAGACUUUCAGCUUUAUUAUUAGUAAAGAUAAAAAAUAUAAAGACAAAAAAAAAGCAAAAAUGGGAAGAAAAAAAAGUUGGGGAAUUUUAUAAAAAAAUAUGGCUAUUUGGAGGAAAAAAUUGUAUUUGGAGAAUUUUGAUAGAAAACAUUGCUUUUUGGGGAAAAGUUGGGAGGGAAUUGGGGAAAUCUGGAUUUGACCAUCUGGCAACACUGGAGAAAGGAGAGAGCAACUUUUUCAUACCCAAAUUCAGUUUAAGUGUCACAAAUUUUAAAGGUUCAAAUUAUCAGAACCCAUUUCAGAUCCUUUACACAAGUAAAAGGCUAGUAGUAUUUUCACAAAGUAAAUCACAUAUUCUUAUAAAAUUAAUUGGUUAUUCAAUUAAAAAAGUAAAAAAAAUCCAAAGAAAACUCAUUGGAGAAGUAAGAGAUGAAUGCUUUGAAACUUUAAAAAUUUUGUGAGAAGGUUGGUUUUUCCAAAUUGUGAAAGGACCGUUGCUUAUGUUGGCAUAUUUUUUGCUUCAUUUAAUGUACUUACUUUUUCUGUUAGCAUGUUGUUGUUACUGUUUGUACUUAUUUUUAGGAGUGAAGUGUGAUCUUUUGCCUGGUGCAAAUUUUUGUUGAGUAUAUAUUUUUAGACUGAUCAGAUUUUAUUAUUAUUACUAUUUAUUAUCUGUACCAUGGAGUAAGAAGGAAAGUGAGUUUCUUUGAUGGAUUCUAAAUGCAGUUUGAAAUCCUCCGAGCAUUACCAUCUUCCCUUUGCUCCCAUGAUACUUCUGAGUAGGGUGGCAAAGAACCAAGGUGGGCCCC